AUCAUCUUCAUGUUGUCAUCAACACUAGUAUUUUCAUCAUCUCAUUACAAUUUUCCCAUAGCUUUGCCUAAUCCAAACUGCGACGACACCUGCGGAGACACACAAAUCCCCUUCCCUUUCGGCACCACACCCGAAUGCUACCUCUCUAUACAAUUCUGGGUGACUUGCAACCGCACAGCUUUCGAUCCUCCGAAGCUCUUCUGGUGGAAUACGCAUAUCGAAAUCACGGGGAUAUCCCUGGACGGGCAGAUGACGCUGCUGCAGCCCAUAGCGUACGAUUGCUACGACAGCAAUGGCGUACGAUCUUCCAACUUCACCACGUGGAUAACGCUGACCGAUCUCUACUUCAGCGUGAGUAAUACUGCGAAUAAGUUCACCAUCGUGGGGUGCGAUGCCUACGCCUUUGUCUCGGGGAAUAGGCUCGGCCGCGACUUCACCACGGGCUGCAUCGCCAUGUGCAGUUCCGAGGAUGAUCUGACGGAGGGGGAGUGCGCGGGCGUGGGGUGCUGUCAGACUCCAAUCCCCAAAGAUGUGUGGAAGAUCCAGGUCGAGGUCAACAGCUAUUCUAAUUAUACCGAUGUUUUAGACGUCAAGAGAUGUGGUUAUGCUUUUGUUGCUGAGGACUCUGCCUUCAAGUUUUCAAAGGAUAGUCUCACAAAUUUGGAAAACGUUACAAGCCUUCCUAUGGUGGUUGAUUGGGCCAUCGGGAAUGGCACGUGCGAGGAGGCAAAGAGUGACGCCAGCAGCUAUGCUUGCAAGAGUGCAAACUCUGAAUGCUACAAACCCACAAACGGCUAUGGGUACCGAUGUCGUUGCAAGGACGAAUUUGAAGGAAAUCCUUAUCUGCCUCAAGGAUGUAUCGAUAUUGAUGAAUGUUUAAAUGAGACUCUACAUAAUUGCAACAAGAAUGCAACUUGCACUAAUACAAUAGGCAGUUAUACAUGUACUUGCCCCAAGAAUUACGAUGGUGAUGGAAUGGGUGACGAUGGCUGCAAGGAGAAUUAUUUUCUGAUCAUAUUCAAACUUGGGCUUCUUAAAAUAAUCAAACAAACAGGGGUUGGCUCUGGGAUCUUUAUUUUACUACUUGGCAUCAUCCUCUAUCUGGUUCGCAAGAGAAGAUCACAGGCUAAGAUGAAGCAUAAAUUCUUUCUCCAAAACGGUGGCCAUAUGUUGCGAGAAAAACUCGCUGCAAGAGAAGCUUCGCAGGAUAUGGUCACCAUUUUCAGCUCAUCCGAGCUACAAAAGGCGACAAACAACUUCCACGACAGUAUGAUCCUUGGUCGAGGUGGCUUUGGCACCGUGUACAAAGGAGUGCUACCGGACAGAAGAACAGUUGCUAUCAAGAGAUCUAUAAGAGUUGAUCCCACACAAAUCGAGCAGUUCAUCAACGAGGUUGUUGUCCUGUCUCAGAUCAACCACAGGAAUGUAGUUAAGUUGCUUGGUUGUUGCCUAGAGACCGAUGUCCCCCUUCUGGUAUACGAGUACAUCAACAACGGCACCCUUUCUUCACAUCUCCACAAUGGGGCUAAGGCGCGCGCUCUUGAUUGGAACACACGUCUUAAGAUCGCUACAGAAACUGCAGGGGUGCUUUCGUAUCUCCACUCUUCGGCUUCUACUCCCAUCAUACAUAGGGAUGUCAAGCCGGACAACAUCCUUUUAGACAAUACUUUCACAGCAAAGGUGUCGGAUUUUGGAGCCUCAAGGUUGGUUCCCAUUGAUCUCACAGAGCUAUCCACAAUGGUGCAAGGGACUUUUGGAUACCUUGAUCCUGAAUACAUGCAAACAAACCAAUUGACAGAGAAGAGCGAUGUUUAUAGCUUUGGAGUUGUUCUGUUGGAGCUAGUUACAGGGCGGAAAGCAUUGAGUUUUGAUAGGCCGAUAGAGGAGAAGAGUCUGGCUAAUUAUUUCCUUUAUGUACUCAAACAAGACCUCUUGUUUGAAAUUCUUGAUGAAAAUAUUAUGGGGUUGGAAAACAUGGAGCAAAUAUCUGCCGUUUCUAAACUAGCAAAAGAGUGUUUGAACGUGAGAGGUGAGGAUAGGCCUAGUAUGAAGGAGGUAGCGAUGGAGCUCGAAGGGCUAAUCCUCGGAGGGAAGCACUCGUGGGCACGGAUUAAUGUACACGAUGAAGAAGAGAUGGAGUCUUUGAUAAGAAUUGAGGAUGGAAUGAGUCACUUUGGUAAUGGUGAUAUGAACUCAAGUGUUGGUUAUGAUAGCAUCUCUAGGGAUCAUAUUCUUUUGCCAAUGGAUGGAGGAAGAUAAUACUGUUUGAGUAGUUUAAUACUCCAUUAAUUAAGUAUGUAUAUUUAUUUUGAAUCUUAUGGUGAAUAAUUAAGUUGUUUUUUCCCAUUUGGUGUAAUUUAAUGUACUUGUAUACUUUGUCAAAUGUACGUUGGAAUUGGAAAAAAAUACUCCAUU